AUGGAGUUUGCUACACUGCAAGCGCGUUUGAAGACUUUUGAGCCGCCGACGAAGCGGUCAAAAGCUGGAUGGCCUCACAAAUCCCCCUCUGCCGAAGCAGUCGCGAACGCGGGUUUCUACUACCAACCACAGAAGACUGGCGACGACAAUGUUGUGUGCUAUCUCUGCGACCGAUGGCUAGAUGGAUGGGAGAAGGAUGAUGACCCUGUAGCAGAGCACUUGCUACAUUCUCCCGACUGCGGGUACGCGAUCCUCAUCAGUCUCGCCCAACAAGAGCAUUUCGAUGCUGGAAAUAUGGAAGACCCUACGAGUGCAAAGAUAGAAGAGGCAAGGAGAGCGACAUUCGCGAAUUGGCCGCACGAAUCAAAAAGAGGAUGGACAUGUAAGACGGAGAACAUGGUUCAAGCCGGCUGGCAUUGUACGCCUACCAUUGGAGGCGAAGACUACGCGAGCUGCGCGUAUUGCAAGCUGAGCCUGGACGGAUGGGAGCCCAAGGAUAACCCAUUUGAAGAACACUACCGACGAGCGCCUGAAUGUCCAUUCUUCAUUUUUGCUGGGAGUACUGCACCCUUGAAGAGAGCGAAAGCGAAGAAGGGCCGAGCUUCGCGAUCCUCAAAAGCAUCAAGGACGUCCAAAGCUUCGAUGAGAUCAUCCACACAGUCUCGGAUGUCGAUACAGUCUGACAUACCGGAUCUAGAUGACUCUAUUGACACCAGCACAACGUCUGUGAUGUCCAAGGCCUCGACUGCAAGCAAAGCAAAGAGGAAAGCUGCAGGAGGUGCGAAGGCGACAAGGAGCAAGAAGGCGAAGGCGGAGCCGGAGCCGGAGCCGGAGCCCGAGUUUGAGCCUGAACCCGAAUUUGUUGCUGAGGACCUAGCAGUACCCGAGAUGGAUGACACGCUGAACCAUAGCAUGACUUCAGUCGUGUCGACAGCCUCCACUGCCACUGCAAAGGGAAGGAAAAAGGGCGGUCCACGUACGAAGAAGCCUACGGUGAAAAAGACCAAGUCGACGCGAACGAGGGCAAAGCAGGCAGAGCCUGAGCCUACCACGGAACCUGAAAUAGAGGAAGUGGGUACCCAGGUUCAGCAAGGGCUGCGACAAUCUCUCGUUGAGGUUGAAGGAGAAGACGCCAUGCAAGCCAAUCCACCUCAGACAGAACAUGUUGUGCCGGUUGAGGUUGAGGAGCCCGAUGACGAGUCUGGCCCUACCAAUAAGGCGACCUCUACCCAAUCAUCAAACUUCACAGGAGAAGCACGUCGACAAGAGGAUGCUGGGAUUCAGUAUCCCACGCUGAUGCGAGCUGCUGCUGGAUCACCUUUGCAGCACAAAUCUUCACCGUAUCCGCACAAGUCGUCGCCGCAUCCGCAAGUCCACAGCCACACCUCACCACUGGCUGCUCCCCCAACACCUCCUCCACAAUCUCGCUCCACCCACUCGCCAUCAAAUUCGGAUAUCGAAAAUGCACCUCCAUCAUCCCUUCCACCUUCGGCCCGGCCACCGAUACCUGGCGCGCUCCCGUCUUCGCCCUCACCGCCUGCUUCCGACUGGCUACCGAUCGAUACCGAGCUGGUUUUCCAGAAGACGCCUGGUGGGGAGGCGUCACCCAAUCGAUUCGAUCUGGCUCAGACGGAGAAGCUCGGCGAAGAUGAGCAAGGAAUGACGGUUCAGGAGUGGAUCGAGCACAUGGCCGAGAUGGCCGAGCGAAACUUACGACAGGAGGGCGAGCGGGUAGUGAGCGUAUUUGAGAGAGAAGGUGCGAGAGCCAUGGGUGUUUUAGAGGCUGUUGAGUGCAUUUGA